CCGCUCUUGACGCGCUGUCCUGCAGCAGCGAAGCGGGGCAGACGCUCGCUCGCGGAGGUGAUGCUGCAGACGCUCUCGGCUUCUCUCAGACAGAAGGACGUGUCUCAUCGUCUCUGUGUCAAGGAGCCUCCAGAAACCAAAGCUGGAAGGAUCUGAGACUUUUCCUAAAUGAUCAGCCGCACCGUGUUCAGUUCUGGUGUCUCCUGCCGUCUGUUGUCAUAGAAACGGCCAUCAGCCGAGAGACGGAGGCUGUCCUCGACAUCGCGAGCAGAAACCGCCGCUGGAGAACAAGACCGAGAUCCACAGAGCCUGGCCUGGAUUCUGCUUUCUCACAUCAGGACGAGAUGGAUCCGCUCGAGCGCCGCGCAGCUGAGGAGGAGCUCCAGACAUCCGAGAGGAUAAAGUGUUUGAACGACGGAGGAUACGAACUGCAAAAUCAUCAGAUGGAGACAGACUUGGAGAAUAACAUCACAGUGAACACACAUCCACUGGAGAGCACAGUACUGAUCAUUCAGCAUGACUGGCGAGACUUCCUGCAGACACAGGAUAUCUUGGAGAAGAGAAGCCCCUCCCCUCCCUCUCUGUCCUCAGACAAGAUGAGCGCGUCCAUCAGCAUGACCACCCUAUCAGACGGCAGCACCCCCGAUUACCGGGAGGAUGGCAUGGAUCUGGGCAGCGAUUCCUCCAGUCGCUCCAGCUCCGAGUCCAACUCCAACAAGGUGACGCCCUGCUCCGAGUACAAGUCCUCUCCCAGUCUGGAGCUGGCCGGUCUGGAGGACUACGAGGAGGACGAGGACUACCAGCAGUACAAGAGGAGAGCGCUGCUGGACUGGGAGAGGGAGUACGCAGACAGCCAGCAGCAGGACUCCGGCUCGGUGAGCGGCCGCAGCCUGGCGGAGGAGCUGCAGAGCGUCAGAGCCUCCUCCGGACCCCAGCAGCUGAAGCAGAACACCAACUCCAUCCGGCCCGCCGAGAGCAAGACGUCCAGCAAACCCGGCCUCGGACGGGAGGCGUGCAGUGAAGAAUGUGUGGAGGAAAGCCAGCUUCCACCCAUGGACUGGGCGGCUCUGGAGAGACACUUGGCGGGCCUUCAGUUCAGAGAACAGCAGAACCACAACCACGGCCUGAUCCGGACCAACUCCACCAACGCCCAGAAGAAUGAGCGGGAGUCCAUCCGGCAGAAGCUGGCUCUGGGCAGUUUCUUUGACGAUGGGCCGGGAAUCUACAGCAGCUGCAGCAAGAGCGGCAAACCCAGCCUGUCCUCACGGCUUCAGAGCGGAAUGAAUCUGCAGAUCUGCUUCGUCAACGACAGCGGCAGCGACAAAGACAGCGAUGCAGACGACAGCAAGACAGAGACCAGCCUGGACACCCCGCUGUCUCCCAUGAGCAAACAGAGCUCGUCCUACUCGGACAGAGACACCACGGAGGACGACUCGGAGUCUCUGGAGGACAUGGACUUCUUGAGCCGACAGAAGAAGCUGCAGGCCGAGGCCAAGCUGGCUCUCGCGAUGGCCAAACCCAUGGCCAAGAUGCAGGUGGAGGUGGAGAAGCAGAACCGUAAGAAGUCUCCUGUGGCGGACCUGCUUCCUCACAUGCCGCACAUAAGCGAGUGUCUGAUGAAGAGGAGUCUGAAGCCCACGGAUCUCAGAGACAUGACGCUGGGGCAGCUGCAGGUCAUCGUCAACGACCUGCACUCACAGAUCGAAGGUCUGAACGAGGAGCUGGUGCAGCUGCUGCUGAUGAGGGACGAGCUUCACAUGGAGCAGGACGCCAUGCUGGUGGACAUCGAGGACUUGACCAGGCACGCUCAGAGCCAGCAGAAACACCUGGCGGAGAAGACGAUGUCCAAAUGAAGCCGCACUCCUCCACACAUCAGUAUAGACAGACACCUUUCCUUUGCUUCUGUGGUUCAUAACUGCUGACCGCUCACGUCCUCACACACUAAACGCAGGCCAGAGUCCAGACGCUUCCGCCUCGGAUACUGCGAUCCUCGUAGACCGUCUCAGUCCUUUCUGUUCGCCACUAAACUAUAACCGUCAGAACAUAAAGCGGUGUGAAAACACCUCGUGAGAAACUCAAGAAAAGAAGACGCCGCCGCAGUGAAUUAGCUGUUGAAUGUUUGGACAGUAUUUCAGAACAGACGCCUCUGGAUCCUGACCACAGCGGCGCUGUGAAGAGGAAACAUGCCUGCCUUGUAGUCGACUUGUAGCUUUUGGUAACGUUCACUCCGAUUGGUAUUCAACAUUUUGUGAAUGUUGAUUCUGACACGAGUUCAUCUGAAUAAGUGUGUUCAUAUCAUUUUCAUUCUAUUGUAUUCAGAUUCUUUAUUUGAGUGAGAUGCUUAUGUACAGAUAUGUAUAAAAUAAGAAAAAAUAAAACUUUGUUUCAUAGA